UUUUUUUUCCACCGACACUUAUCAUAAUUAUUUUGCCGGAGUAAAGGGUUAAUUGCCAAUUACGUGAAGUUAAUAAUGUGGAAGGUUGCGUUGGUUUUGGUGGUCGCUUGUGUUUUGGAGACGGGCUCCGUUUGGGUGUGCAAGGGUUUUCCGGCCGAAAAUUGCUAUGACAAUGGGGACGACAAAAGAAAUUUGACACAAGCGGUGCAAAAUUGGAACUUCACAGCUGAAGAGAAUACGGUGGUGACCAAAGAUGGUUACCACAUAAAAGUGGUUAGGGUAUAUAAAAAUAUAACGAAAACAACCCCAAUUAUUAUUGGACAUGGGAUCAUGAUGAAUGGUGGUGGUUUUACCCUACAAGGCAAAAAAUCUUUAGCAUACGUUUUGGCUGAUCAAGGAUACGAGGUAUGGCUUUUAAAUUUCCGAGGUACAACAUACAGCGACACCCACAACACACUUUCGUCAAACUCCUAUCCAUUUUGGGAUUUCAGUUUUCACGAAAUGGGAAUAUACGAUUUGAGGGAAACAGUCGAUCUGGUCUACAACAGGACGGGCCAAAAGUCAACCUACAUCGGUUACUCGAUGGGAAAUCACGCCGGCUUCGUCUACGGCAGCCAGUUUCCUCAGGAGGCUGCAACCAAACUCACCUCCAUAGUGGCCCAGUCACCAGUAGCCUACUACUUCCACCAAAAGUCUUGGGCACAAUAUCUUAUCCCUUUUAUGCCUAUGUUAAUGACUUUGGAUAAAACAGUAUUUAACGGUCGCUUCUUCGACGUGAUCAAAACCUUCGCCCCUCUGUGCACCAUCGGUGAUCCCUUCACCUUGUACUUCUGCCACGGCUUAACCGCCCUCAUUUUCGGCGACGACUACGAACAAAUUGACCUGGAAACCUACCCGGUGUUCUUCUACAAAGGUCCGGACAGCAUAGCCACCAAAAACUUGAACCACAUGUUCCAAAUCGCGAGAACCGAGGUGUUUAAACAAUACGAUUAUGGACCGGUGGAAAACAUGCUCAGGUAUAAACAACUAACACCGCCGCUUUACAAAUUGGGCGACAUUCUUGUCCCGGUUUCGCAGUGGUUCGGACCCAACGACUGGAUCGCCACAAACGAGAGUGCGAUGAAAAUUAAUUCGGAACUGCGACCAGAGAACAGAUGUAAAAUAAACGUGAUACCUUGGCCGAAAUGGACCCAUCUGGAUAUUCUGUGUGCCAAAGAUAUUGAGACUCUGUUGUACCAAAGUUUUAUUCCGGAAAUUGAUCUGUUAGCAAGUGGUACAUGUACCAAAUAAAUGUUUGUU